AUGGCACCCAAACGACCAGCAGACGAUAGCGCAGCAGACCCCAAGCCCAAGAAGCAUCGCCCGGGCUUUAAAGUCGGACCGGAUAACUUGCCAGACGGAAUUCAUAGAAGAAAAGUAAUCAAGAUAAAAAAAGAUCUCAUCCAGAAAGCCAAGAUCAAGAAGUCCUACGCCAAAAUCAAAGCGCAGACCGACCUGCCCCCGACCAAAGUUCCCACCGAGCAAGAGCCCAUCGAGCCCGCCUCUCAAGAACUGCAUCCCGAUCGGCAGGCUAUGCUUGACGCCCCUGAUACCUUGCCCCAAAACUCGAAUUCGAAUCGCGAGUCUUAUUCGCAGCGGCCGCGGCAGGGAAGGGCAAAAAAGCCGGGCUAUUUCGAGAAAGAGCAGGAGUUUGCGGCGCGCAAGAGGGCAGAGGGCGAGGAAAGGAGAGCAGAGUACGAGAAGAAUCAGCGGGAGAGGAAGGAGAAGAUUGAAGAGAGGGAGAGGUUCAGACGGACAAUGGCGAAGGCGAGGACUGGCGGGAAGAACGGGCAGAGGAAAUUAGGAAAAGAGAGUCAGGUGCUGCUGGAAAAGGUGAAGAGGAUGGUUGGGAGCUGA